AUGGCGCCGGCUGUCUUACAAAAACCCGGUGUUAUCAAGGAUCCAGUGAUUGCUGCGUUAUUCAGUAAUAAAGAUCCAGAAAUCAGAUAUCAGGAUUUGAGAGAAAUCGGACAUGGAUCGUUUGGUGCUGUUUACUUCGCCUACGAUAAGGAAACUGAGCAGACAGUGGCGAUCAAAAAGAUGAAUUUCAGUGGAAAGCAGGCGACUGAAAAAUGGAAUGAUAUUCUCAAAGAGGUGUCAUUUCUGAAUACAGUUGUACAUCGGCAUAUUGUUGAUUACAAAGCUUGUUUUCUGAAAGAGACAACGUGUUGGCUCGUGAUGGAAUACUGUAUUGGCUCAGCCGCCGACAUCGUUGACGUUUUACGAAAGGGAAUGCGUGAGGUCGAAAUCGCCGCGAUUUGCUGUCAAACACUGGAUGCUCUCCGAUAUUUACACUCGUUGAAACGGAUACAUCGAGAUAUAAAAGCUGGAAAUAUUCUUCUUUCGGAUCAUGCGAUUGUUAAGCUUGCUGAUUUCGGAUCUGCUUCUCUCAUCGAUCCGGCUCAAACGUUCAUCGGAACUCCAUUUUUCAUGGCUCCCGAAGUUAUUCUGGCGAUGGAUGAGGGUCAUUAUACGGAUAGAGCAGAUAUUUGGUCAUUGGGAAUUACGUGUAUAGAAUUAGCUGAACGUCGUCCACCUCUAUUCAGUAUGAAUGCAAUGUCAGCCCUAUAUCAUAUAGCUCAAAACGAUCCGCCCACCCUGGCUCCAAUCGAUACAGCAGAACAACCGGAAUGGUCUGCUGAAUUCGUUCAAUUCAUAGACAAAUGUCUGCGAAAACCAGCAGAAGAACGAAUGUCAGCUGAGGAGUGUUUCAGACAUCCUUUCAUUCAACGACCUCGUCCACAGGAUACAAUUCAAGAAUUGAUUCAGAGAACGAAGAAUAUGGUGUUGGAAUUGGAUAAUUUCCAGUAUAAGAAAAUGAGAAAAUUGAUGUAUUUGGAUGAAACGGAAGGGAAAGAAGGCGGUGAGACGAACGGAGGAGCUGGUGAUGAUCUCGAUUUUCAUGGGAACGAAGCACAUUCCAUCGGAAGAGCAGGUGAUUCUGCAUCAUCUCGAAGCGCAUCGCUCACCUCAUUCCGAUCAAUGCAAAGUAGCGGAGGAGCGGGAUUACUCGUUUCAACGAAUCUUGCAGGAGCUAUGGAUAAUGUGCAUGGUUCAUCCGGUUACGGAAAUGGAAGUUCGACUACGAGUUCUGCUCGUCGUCGACCGCCCAUUCCAUCUCAAAUGCUCUCAUCAACAUCCACAUCAGGACUUGGCACGAUGCCAAGUCAUGGAUCAGCAGCUGCAUCAAUUACAGCAAUCGCAGUGAAUCCAACUCCUUCCUCACCGUCUGAUCCGAUUCCAACAUCACAUCCUCCAAUGGAAACUGCUCGUAGUGAUGAUGAUCUAUUGGAUACCUCUAUUAGAGUGGCACCAGUCAAAGAUCUUCAUAUGCCGAAUCGAGAAGUGAAAGAGAGAAUUGCCACGUUACAGAAUCAUAAAUUCGCGACUCUCCGUUCUCAGAGAAUAAUAAAUCAAGAACAAGAAGAGUAUACGAAAGAGAAUAAUAUGUAUGAGCAAAUGAGUAAAUACAAACAUCUUCGACAGGCGCAUCACAAGGAGUUACAGUCAUUUGAGGAGAGAUGUGUACAGGAAAGAGAACAGUUACGGGUGAAAAUGGAUAGAGAACUGGAACAGUUGACAACGACUUACUCGAAAGAGAAAAUGAGAGUUCGAUGUUCACAGAACAAUGAAUUGGAUAAAAGGAAGAAAGAUAUUGAGGAUGGAGAAAAGAAGUUGAAGAAAACGAAACAGAGUCAGAAUCAACAACAGAUGAAAUUGUAUGGAGCACAGCAGUUGAAGGAGUACAAAUACAACAAAGAGGCGGAGAAAUCGCGUCUCCGAAGUCGAAACAUGUCCCGAAACGCAUUCGAAAACGAGUUGAAAGCCGUGAAAAUCGGUCUAAAUCGGGUGAAAGACGCACGGGAAAACGAGUUCGAGGAGAAACUCCGAGUGGAAUUAGAAGAGGAAAUUGUCAGAUAUAGAAGGCAACAACUCAAUAAUUUACACGGACUGGAGGAACGAUUGGAUGAUGAGGACGUAAAUGUUCAAGAACGACAAAUGGAUACUCGUCAUAGUCUCCUUUCGAAGCAACAUGAAAUGACGAGAGAUCUCGAAAUUCAGCAUUUGAAUGAACUUCAUAUGAUGAAAAAGAGACAUCUGGAGACACAGCAUGAAGCAGAAUCAGCGAGUCAGAAUGAGUAUACGACGAGGCAACAAGAGGAAUUGAGGAAAAAGCAUACAAUGCAAUCGAGGCAGCAACCGAGAGAGUUGAAGAUCCAAGAAGCUCAAAUCCGAAAACAAUAUCGUCAGGUCGUGAAGACUCAAACUCGUCAAUUCAAGCUGUAUCUGACACAAAUGAUUCAAGUCGUUCCGAAAGAUGAGCAGAAAGAAUUGACGUCUCGUCUGAAACAAGAUCAAAUGCAAAAAGUCGCACUUUUGGCAUCACAGUACGAGAGUCAAAUCAAGAAAAUGGUUCAGGAUAAAACGGUGAAAUUAGAGUCAUGGCAAGAGGAUGAGCAAAGAGUUUUGAGUGAGAAAUUGGAGAAGGAGUUGGAAGAAUUGAUUGCGUAUCAGAAGAAACAGAAGGGAAUGUUGGAGGAGCAGAUUAAAAAGGAACGCACAACUCUCGAAGAACGAAUCGGAACUCGGCGAGCCCUUCUCGAGCAGAAAAUAAUCGAGGAACGUGAACAAAUGGCCGAGAUGAGACGACUGAAAAAGGAGCAAAUCCGUGAUAGACACAGCCAAGAACGGCAUCGUCUCGAAAAUCAUUUCGUUCGAACGGGAUCAACGAGUCGAAGUUCAGGAACAACAGUCACUUCGAGUAGUAUCCAAAUGGCUAUGUAA